AUGUGCUAUCGCUUGCUACAGAUGAGCUCACACUACAACGUGGUCUUCAAGAGAGUCGACUCCGUGAAGGCCGCCACGGAAUUUGUGCAGUCUUUGAGGUCUGACAAGGUCUUUGGGCAAGGCAUCAAGCAUGUGACCAUCUCGGGACAUGGCAAUCCUACAACGCUGGUUUUGGGUUCUGAUCGGCUGCUCACCACACAGGUUGGCACGAAGACCUCCGAAACUGCCAAGCUUUUAGAUGCCUUGCGGCCCAUGUUGAUUGAGCAGGGUGAAGCUCGAUCCACCGUCUUCCUUGAGUCCUGCUCGACCGGCAAGCAGCCCACGAAUGUGAAGCUGAAGCCAUUGGCUCAGAACAUCGCGGAGUCCUUGCCGGGAGUGGAAGUGCAUGCCUUCAAGGACGCCAUGUACCCAGCCCAGGUGAAGUUGCAGGGCAGCUUUUUCGAAGAUGCGUUGUUCAAGUGCACCGUGGGCUCGCCCAACGGGUGUCUGAAAGCCACCACCUUCAUGUCCAAAAGCCUUCAGGCAGUGGCUUUGUUGCAGUGA